ACUUCCGGAAACUAGCAACAAGAACAUCCAAUCAAAAACAGUAACAUUUUAAGUCAGGAAAGACGGUUGUUUCUUUCUUUCUCAUGCUGAAAACUACACUACCAAUACACUAACGUACAUGUAGUGUCCGCUCUGGAUUUCAGUUCUUUCACCAAAAACAUCUCCCCGGGAAUUUCCUUGUUUUUGAGCCACAUCUGCCUCUCUUCGACAGCUGUUUCAUGGGCACUCCGGAGGAAGAGAAAGACUGGUUAGAUGUGGCAAAUGAGCUGCUCGGCAAGUGUGGCAUUCAACAGAAGCUGACUAAACUCACAGACUGUGACGCCCAUGUGUUUAUUAGUCUCUAUGAAAACAUCCUGAGAGAGAAGGUUCCAGAUUAUAUUGUACCACCACGCAGUCAAGAGGAUGACAUCCAUAAUGUUCAGUGUGUGAUUGACUCGCUGUCACUGGAUUAUCUUCAGAUUAGUCUCUCGCAUAUCACAGGAGAAAAUGUAAUCAGGGGAGACAAAGAGUCAAUCAAGAACCUUUUGGAUAUCUUUGACGGGCUCCUGGAAUAUCUCAGCGAGGCGAUAAGUGAGGACUCACAGAAUGACGGGUCACAAAAUGGUGGUCUCCGAGAGGAAGCUCCCAGUGAAAGCGAGGUGCCAACAACCAGCAAUGCCAUCAAGCUGAUAGACACAAAGAUGGAGAAAGUGCGUUUAUAUUCUGAUGAUGGAACGUCCACUAUGCAGUCGAGUAGGACUUCCCAACACUCCGGCAACAGUGAGCAGCCCGGCUCACCCGGCGAAGCCAUCGGGCUUGGAGUUUCAGCACGCACGUUUGCAGAUCAACAAGAACCAGCUGUCCAGAUGUUAACCAUGGAUGCAGUCGCCACCACGGAUGCAGUCGCUGCCGCUAGUCCCUCAGAGGACCAGGACCUACCUUUGAGUGUGCGGCUGCACGCCGCCAUUGCACUGCAGCCACCCACCCAGAGUGAUUCUCCCCAGCCCGUCGUCACAGACACACAUUGCAUGGAGCAAGACGCCGGUGGUGCCGAGGAGCAACACGACCAUGUUGUCAUUCAGGGACAGACCUCUAGCGCUGAAGCCCAGGGAGUUGUCUGCAAUGGACUGCACUCUCCGGCCUUGAGUGAAAGUGAGUCAACAAGCCAGCAAAGAGCCAACGUUGCGUUCGAGACACUGCAGCCCACUCAGGGAGGCCCCAGGAGGGUUUUAGUCCACACGCAACCAGAUGUGCUCAUCCUCACGCUGCAGGAUGAGGCGUCGGCCACGACUCCGUCGCCACCAGACACGGAAGAGGAGCAAGAGGAAGAAGAGUCAUGUCCUAUGACGAGACUGCAGGCGGAGAGGCUCCACAAUAGCAAGGCCCUCGGCAGAUGGUUGGAAAAAGAUGAGGAGGAAGAAGACAAGGAGACACAUUCUUGCCGAAGGAAGAGCAAUAAGCGAGCGGAAAAAGAGUUGCAUCAUAUUUCUGAGAAACUAACCCAUCGAAUUGAUGAGCUGGAUCAGAUGCUAAAACGACUUAUGGGCACCAGUGGAGAGUCUGGAGCUGUCGGAGAUUCAGAAGAGGAGUCUGACCUCUGUGACGACUUCGUAACGCAACAUAGGACUUCCAGACCACGUGCAGGAACACCCGAACCCAAAUCCACCCAUAGGACAUCCUUAUCCUCGCCAGCACGACAUCACUCCGUGCUGGAGCGCUUGCAGGAUGGCGAGCACGAAGCCCUGAGCCGACAAACGAACAUCCCAAACCGUCCUCUGAUGUGGCAAAGUGAGCCGCCGCGCCGUACUAAACACAGAAAGACUGUGGUGAACCAAGCCUACGAGACGGAACUGGCGAGAUUAGAAGGCAAAAAACGAGCCGAUCUGGACAAGGAACGACACAAAGUUCAAGAAGCUGAGCGAGAGUACAGAGAGGCCCUACUCGAUGACUUCCCCAAGGCACCCAGAACACUUCCUUCGACAAGCAAGUCCCAGCCCAAGGUCCACAAACAAAGCACAUCGGCACGGCUACGAAUCCCCAAGAAAACGCCACCUCUCAAAGUGAAGGAGAAUGAGCUCCUGCCCUUGCUCCUGGAGGAGCUGCCGUUCCUGCAUAUUUCCCCGCAUGAGCUGGGCCUCAUGUGGCAGCAGCAGAAGCAACACGCAGAGCAACUCAAUGCCCAAGCCUUCGCCCAGAAGCAGCGGCGCAGUCGAUUCUCCCGAGAGUUGGAAGAAGCUCAGAGGAAGCAUGACUUGCUGGUGGGGUUGGUCCACAAACAGCAGGAGCACAGCAGACGUCUGAGGGACUUUAAAGAGCACAGUAAGCAGCAGAAGUGCACCCAGACCCGACUGAGAGAACAGCGGCAGCAGAUCGCUCGGGCCAGGAAGUACUACCAAGACUACCACGUCGAGCAUCGGGCUCGCCUCAUGAAGGCUCGCGUCAACGAGGAGAAGAUGGUUCGGCAACUCUUUGAGGAAGGUUUGGAGGUACAGAAGGCUCGUCUGAGGGAGCAGAGAGCCUUCGCCACGGAGCAACGGCUGGAGUAUCAGAAACAACACCAGGACCACAUAGAGUCGAUGGAGAACUACUACAAAGAUCAAUUUUCACUUCUGGCUGAAAAACUUGCACAAGAGCAACAAGAGAUCAAGAUUCGUAAAAAAGCUCAAGAGAAGGUGCUGCUCAAGAUGAAAUGCGAGCUGCGUUCUAAGAUGGAGCGCGAGAUCCGCGAGCUGCAGAAAAUCAUCAUCCAGAACGACCAGGACGACCACUUCCAGGAUCUGGAGGUCCAGAGGUUACGCAAUCGAGUGUGCAUGGCUUCAUUUCACUGCCACAAAAGCAGUCUGCACUGACCGUGACACGUCUGGGUCUCAACUAGAGGAAUGAAUCCGAGGUGCAACGUCCUGGUAACUGCUCAGAUUUGCACAAGAAGAGCGCGCUUCCGCAAACCGUAAUUGGGUACAAGACGAACCUACAAUUGAGUAACUGAAAGCAAUCCGACAAAUUGUAACCAACUGUACCUUCACUGUGACCUUAGUCUGUUGUAGCUGGUUGCCAGUACAAACGUUUGUUCUUAUGCCAAAUGACCACCAGAACACUGGGUUUUAACUUCCUUUUACCAUGUGUGAUUAAGUCUUCCUUCAACUUGUUUGUGGUUUAUUUAUUUUUUAAAUUAAAUCUGACCUAUUUUUUGUAAAUACUAACUGGGUGUUGGUGCGGUCUAAUCCAUAAGACAAUAACAAUUAAGUCUUAAGAGAAGCCAAAGCUAUUGGAUUUCUAUCUAACUGGAGCAUUCUUAAGUGUGACUAAAGGUUUGUACAUAUUUAGGAGGGAAAUUAACUUCUAUGAAGCUCCCGAUGAUGUCUGAACCACCUUAAAUGACAUGAACAAGACUAAUGCUGUUGUGGGUGAUCUAGUCUGCACUUGAACCAAUAAACCUCACGUUGCAAACUUCUCACC